AUGAGAGGAAAGCAGAACUACUCUCAUCGUCAGAGCAGUCACAAGAUCAAGCACACUAUCCUACGUCUACUUAUUCUCUCAAAAAUGAUGCAAGAAGAAAAUGCGAAGGAGGCUGUGACUCGGGACCAGUUGCUCUCUCUUACUAGCCCACAAACAAGAUUCUUUACCGGGGUCAUUGGAGAGCAUUCCAAUAAUGCCGGCAAGUUCACAGCACCCCUCGCAAAAGAUAUGCAGGCCACCACUACUAUAUAUAAAUCUCUAUGA